UCCUCCUAGGGGUUAGAUAAUAACUUCAAGAGCAGGAGACAACUCCAGAGAAGUCAUUCAUGCCUCCAAACCCGUCCCCUCAAGAGGAGAAAGGAACCAUGAACUUAGUCCCCAGAUGUUCUGAGUGUGGCCUCCUGGGGAAGGAAGCUCACAUAGUCUGGGGAAAUCUUCAAGCCCCUGCACGGAGUCCUGUACAGAUUGAGGCAAAAGCAUGAGAUUCUCAGCUCUCCUCCUCCUGGCAGCUCUGGCUGGGGCCCUGGUCUGUGCCCAAGAUGCCUCCUCUGAUCCCACCGAGGCUACUCCGGGGACUGUGGCCACUGAACCUGAAGUGACUACAUCUCCAGCGGAAACCGUUUCACCCCAAGAGACACCCCAGGAGCCAAACAGCGCCACCACAAGUAAAGAAGGACUAAACCCACUGAAAUUCCUGAUGAGCAAAGGUAGCUUGGUGGCAGAACAAAGCUUUCAAGAAGCAAGAAAAAAACUGCGUGAAGGAAAACUUUAUGAACGUGGACUUGAAUUAGCAGAAAAACUGAAGAAACUCACUCCCAGUUCCUUUGCUCUAAGUUGAGUCUAAGAAUUUGAAAAGAACGGGG